AUGUCUGCUAACAAAUUAGCUCAGGAGAUGGCUACAAGUCUCAGAACUUCCAAGGGUCAGUUAGAUUUAGUAAAUCAACAAUUAACUCAUUUAAGCAGACAAGAAACAAUAGCUCAAGUGACUGCAAAAGAAUUAGAAUCAUACCCAACAUCUAAAGUAUGGAGGUCCUGUGGGAAAACAUUUAUAUUACAAGAUAAAUCAGACUACAUAAGUGAUUUGACACAUGAUGAGAAAUUAUUACAAGAACAAAAGAAGGCAUUGGAGAUUAAACAAAAGUACUUAACGACGACUGUGGAAAACACUGCAGAAAGUCUGAAGAGAUUAAUACAAAGGAAUUGA